CUAAUUCUUUAGGAGAAUAGUGUUACAAGUUUUCCUGGACCAAAUGUACCACUUAAAAUUCCUUUUAACAUUUGAAUUGAAAACAUUUUAAAGAUGAACCUUGUGCAUAAUUUCAUACCACUUGAUUUAAAACAAUGUAAAUGGAUUAAAGAAGAUACUUAACCAUGAUGCGAUAACAAAAACUGGUAAGAAAAUGGCACAGAAGCCAGACAACCGUGUUCAUCUAUUCCGUUUACAAAUUAUCAUCAUAGAUGGAGGCCUACUUGUUCUAAGAAAUUUAAUUGACCAGAUCCUGACUGCUAAAGGCAUAACUUUAAGUGCAUGUUUAAAUAACGAGAAGGCGAUAAUUACACGUUUGAAAAGUAGCGGCGUUAUAACACAGGUACAAUAUGACACAUUGUUUCCAACGGGUCGCCAAGCCCCAACUACGUCAGAGAUGGACUUUACGCUUAUUAUAUGUCUUCUAAGAUGCUUAAAGUGUUUUGGAUUAAAUAAGAAAUUUGACUGGAAAACAAAACCCAUUUCAACCGAUUUAACAGUUGAAGCAGAUAUAUGUCGAUUAAAAGCUUAUCGAAAUGAAAUAUGCCAUUUACCUACAACAACUGGAAUACAACCUAAUGAUUUUGUAACUUGGUGGAAUGACAUUGAGCAGAUACUUGUUCGACGAAGUCCUGCAGCUCUGAACAUCCAGCAAGAAAUUGCCGAUUUCAAAGCCUGCCCUUUGGAUCCGGAGGAAGAAAAAAGAUUACAAGAAGAAGUAAAAAGGUGGAAGGACUAUGAAGCCGUUGUUGACCGAUUGGACGAGGAGAUGAAACAAGUGCAAACAGAUGUUAUUGGAGUGAAGAAAGAAGUAGAAGCAAAGUUUACUGGAGUGGAGGGAAAAAUCGGUGCGAUUGAAAAACGACAAGAUGCAGAUCAAACAGAUGUUAUUGGAAUGAAGAAAGAAGUACAAGAAAAGUUUAUUGGAGUGGAAAAACAACUCGGGGAAAUAGAAAAACGACAAGAGUCAGAUUAG